UGGAGCAGAUGAGCUUGAUGAGGAAACGGAGGAUCCUGCAGCAACGACCACGACAAGCGUAUAUUCGUAAUUCUGGACACAUUAUUCUUGAAAUUGAAAGUGUGUUUGGUGUCCAUAUAUGGAAUAGUAAGAGAGAGCUUUAUUUUCCAGGUUCAAGUCAUGUCAAUGCCGUCAGACACACAGGAAAUGGAAGAGCAGAUACGGAGCAUUCUACUGAUGCCUUAUAACAACAACUCCAUCUCCAUAGCAACUGAGGAUGUACAGAUAAGCCGCAUAUUGAUUUAUAAUUGUAAUGCAACAACCCAGCUGACUCUGAAAGGCCUUUUUACAUGGCCUGACACUUUGGGAGGAAAAACCACUACUUGCACAUGCCCAAAAAACCCUCAGCGCAAUGCCACCCGACACUGCAAACUGUGCCUCGAGACCUAUUGGAUGGAUCCAGAUCUGGAGGACUGCAAUCCCGUGGUAGAAACUAUCCUUGACCUGGACCAUGUUGACGUCACUGCUGAUAAUGCAUUGGAUGUGGUGAAAAUGAUUGAAGACUUACUAAAAAACCACUCCAUUCUCAUCUACAAGGAGCUGGUCACAGUCCUCAACAAGCUGAAGGACAUUAUUAACGUCAGCGUGGUCACACCCAACCUGGGCCAAGCUCUAAUCAACAUCAUUUCAAACAUACUGGAAUCUCAAAGUGACCUUGUGCCUUUUACUAACAGUAUCCUAAAUAUUACAGAAGCAGUCGGAGACAGGAUGGUAGGCUAUGAGGGGUCUUCCACCCUGGUUGCUCCAGCAAUUGGUAUCUCAGUGGUGGAUGUGGUUCCUGGGGAGUUUGAGAGCUUAAGUUUUGGAGUGACGUCUGAUUGGACUGGCACAAUGCCGGAGAUUUUUAUUAACAGGUGCCCCUUCAAUGGAACAGUGGCUUUCAUCUCCCUGCCAUCGGCCCUGCAGAACAGCUUCCCACAACAGGGUGUGAACCAGAACAAAUCCAGAAUCCAGUUUCAGUUCUACGGCAACCAAUUCCUCUUUAAGAGCAACCACAAGGGUCAGAUCCUCAACACGUUUGUGGUGUCGGCCAGCGUGACCAACGCCAGCUCUCCAAUCAAAGACCUAGAUGAAGACAUUAAAAUCACACUCCACCAUCUUAAGCCCAAUAAAAAGGUACAGUGUGUGUACUGGAACUUCAAUAAAAACAAUGGACAUGGAGGCUGGGAUGAUUAUGGGUGCCGAAUAUACAACAGCAGCUCUGACGAUACAACCUGCCUGUGUGAUCAUCUCACACACUUUGGAGCUCUUCUGGAUGUCUCCAGGACUCCGCUGGACCCAGCUAAUGAACAGAUCCUGACCAUUAUUACUUAUGUCGGAUGCGGAGUCUCCUCGCUGUUCUUGGGAAUCACCGUCCUCACUUACACAGCUUUAGAAAAGCUUCGUCGCGACUAUCCCUCCCAGAUCCUCAUCAACCUCUCUCUGGCCUUGCUGUGUUUGAACCUGGUAUUUCUGGUCAACUCUUGGCUGUCCUCUUGGGGUAUCUAUGGCCUGUGUGUGGCCGUGGCAUCCAUGCUGCAUUACUUCCUCCUGGCAUCAUUCACCUGGAUGGGAUUAGAAGCUGUUAACAUGUACUUUGCUCUUGUCAAAGUAUUCAAUGUCUAUGUGCCAUCAUACAUCCUGAAGUUCUGUGUUCUGGGAUGGGGGGUUCCUCUGGUGAUAUGCAUCGUGGUGCAAAUUGUGAACCAAGAGGCAUACGGCAGUCACCUCUACACAGAUACUCGGUCCACUUUGGAGUCACUGGACAACUCUGACAACUUCUGCUGGAUCCAGGACAAUGUGACAUUUUAUGUAUCUGUGGUUGCCUACGCUGUGCUGAUCUUUCUCUUUAAUACUGGGGUUUUUGUGGUGGUUCUGAUUCAGAUUCGCCAAAUGCGAUUCAAUAGUCCAGCAGGGAUGCACAGAGGACUUCUGCAUGACCUCAAAGGCGUUGCCAGUCUCACCUUAUUGCUUGGACUAACAUGGACUGUGGGCUUCUUUACCUGGGGACCUGCAAGGAUGUUUAUGCUAUACCUGUUCUCUGUACUGAACUCCCUGCAAGGCCUUUUUAUCUUCCUCUUCCACUGUCUGAUGAAGGAGAAUGUGAGAAAACAGUGGAGGAUUCACCUAUGCUUCGGCCGCUUUAGACUUGAGGAGCACUCUGAGUGGAGCAACUCUGCAUCGGUUGGAGCCCAAGUGAAACCCAGAGAAAAUCCUCCAAGGGCAGCAGUACCAUCAGUCCGCUCAGUCAAGUCCAGCUCCACAGACAGCACAUCAGCAUCUUCUGAUUCCAGUCAGAGAGACUCAUCGUGCAGGAGACCAAACCUGGGUCUUUUUGUGAAUAGCCUAGCUCUUCCUCGAGCCCAGAGAGACCCCUCAGAUACAGCAGGUUUGCCUUCCUACAGGGGAAUGAAUCCAUCACGUGGCUGGAGAAAUCAUCUGCUAGAUGAGCAGGAAUAGUAAAAAGACCAAUGUAUAUCUGCACACCCAUACAUGCACUAUGAAAAAGCUAGACAUUUCAAACAGUAGUCUAAUCAUCCUGUCCUUCAGUACAAGACAGAGAUGUGUAAUAAAAGCAGAGUAGUGCCAAAUGUAUCUGGAAGUUGUCAGCUUCAUGAGAUAAUUUUUCUUCAUGCAGUUCUAUUGUUAAUUUUGUUUUUACUAAAUAUUGUAAAAGAGCCUGUAAUUAUAAAGACAUGAGCAGUUGCAUCAGCUCCUAGGAGGAGUUGGUUGCCAAGCAACUGGUGAGUGGAGCUAUGGUAACAACGGACUGUGGUACAACACAGUUUGUAUAAGAUAUUUAAUAAAAUAAAAUA